CAAUUUUUCCAAAUUUAUCCUCCCAAAAUGAAACAAAAUAAUAUUUUAUUAAUCCUUUUUUUAUUUUAUUUCACUUCAAUUUAUGCCCUAAAGAAUGCAGUUAGGGGAAAGAAGUGUGCACAGAAUCAGGCAAUUUUUAUUAGAAAUUUAGAAGAAAACCUCUUUGUAAGACACCCCCAAUAUUGGAUAACCCUCUAUUUAAGAGACGCUCUUCAAUUAUGGUCGUCUACUAUAUAGGGAGUUUUCUUAGGGAUACCCUCUAUUUAAUGGAUACCCUCUAUUUAAAAGACACCUCAUUAUAAGAGACCAUUUUUUUAUCCCCGAGGGGGUAUCCUAUGAGGGGUCUGACAAGUUUGAUUAACAAAUAUUGAGUUUAACUGUUUAGGUAGUGAACAAAUUAACAGUUUAUGAGGACGGUGCCAUCGAAGCAGAAUGUGGACCCUUACCUUGUGGUUCUACUGGGGCAUGUUCAGAUGAUUUAAGCUCUUGUAAAGCAGCUUCUGAUAUCUUUUCUGGAAUGAAAUGGGCUCGUAAUGGUCAAAGGCAAAUUAAUUAACCUAAAUUUUAUAAAUGAAGAGAAAAGUCCGCAAAAAAGUUGCGGACAAUUUUUGCGUACAAAAAAAUUUUUCCGCAAGUUUUUUGCGGAUAAAUAUUUUUACAAACCUCAAUUUAGCCUCUUACUUCGUUGCUGUUCUUUACAAGCAGGCAAUAAAGUAUAUAUUGGAACAGAUUUGGUAACUCUUGGGUCAUACUAUACUGGAGGCAUUGUCCCCGAAAAGGACAUGAUGGGAACAACAGGAAUUGAGUACGAUUUUGUUGCAAAUGCCAGAACAGAACAAGGAGGGGUUAGAGUUUGGGUUUAUAGAAUUGUUUGCCAAUCAGAGCGUCAACAAUCACAACAACAACCCUCAAUUCCUCACCCUUCAAUGCCUCAACAGAAAAUAGAGGAUCAAAUGUCUAAUGACGAACAACCCAUUUCCGAGAGUCAAGACCAAACUAGACUGCAAAAAGACGCUUCAAUCGAAAACAAGGAAGAGGAAGGAGAAGAACAGUCAAUCCCAAAUCCUCUUCAAUAUCGCCCACGAAGAAAUCAUCAACAACAAACUUCUGUAAAUUCACCUGCUAAUCGUGUGAUUUAA